AUGAAGGAUAUAUGGGUCACAGUUUGCUUGGUAUUAGGGCUGUCUUUCACUGCCCAUCUACAGGCCCGACAGCAGGACAAUGUGUGCCUAAAACUGUGCAAAUGUGAAAUCAGAGCCUGGUUCUCUCCUGUCUCCAUUUAUAUGGAGGCUCCAACUGUGGACUGCAGUGCCCUGGGACUGCUAUUUCUGCCGGAGAGACUUCCUGAAGACACACAGGUAUUCCUAUUUCAAGCCAAUAGCAUUGCCCAGAUUGAAAGGCCUUUGGACUACUUGGUGAAUUUAACUGAGAUAGACCUCUCUCAGAAUAACCUAUCCACUAUGAGUGACAUUCACUUAGGCCACCUUCCACAACUGCUCUCCUUGCACCUGGAAGAAAACUGGAUUCAAACCCUGCAGGAUAAUUGCCUUGAGCACCUUCAAAAUCUCCAGGAGUUCUAUGUCAACCACAACCUUCUCUCCUUUAUCGGUCCUGGGGCUUUCCAAGGACUCAGACGGCUACUCAGGCUCCAUCUGAACUCGAACCAUCUGAAAGUGAUAAGGAAGGAGUGGUUUGAAGCUCUACCCAAGCUGGAGAUAUUGAUGAUAGGGGAAAAUCCAAUUGCCCAAAUCCAAGACAUGAACUUCAGUCCCCUUGGCAAUCUCCGCAGUCUGGUGCUGGCCAGGAUGAACCUCUCAGAACUGCCUGACAAUGCCCUCACUGGCCUGGACAACUUGGAAAGCAUCUCAUUUUAUGACAAUAUUUUUUCCAAAGUGCCAAAGGCUGCUCUGAGAAAGAUCAAGAGCCUAAAGUUUCUGGAUCUCAACAAGAAUCCCAUUGAGAGGAUUCAAAAGGGUGAUUUUGUAGAUAUGGUUAAGCUUAAAGAGUUGGGCAUCAACAGCAUGCCCAAACUGGUUUCAAUUGACAGCUUUGCCUUGUGCAACUUGCCUGAGCUGACCAAAAUAGAGGUGACCAAUAACCCCAGACUGUCCUACAUCCAUCCAAAUGCUUUCUAUAAGCUACCAAAGCUUGAGACACUGAUGCUCAACAGUAACGCCCUCAGAGCUCUGCACCAUGUCACCGUGGAAUCCCUCCCCAAUCUACGGGAAGUGAGCAUGCAUUCCAAUCCAAUCCGCUGCGACUGUGUGGUCCGCUGGAUAAAUAUGAACAAAACAAAUGUCCGCUUCAUGGAGCCUGAGGCCCUGUUCUGUGAGGGGCCACCAGAGUUCAAGGGUCAGCAUGUUAGACAGGUACACUUCCGGGACAUGAUGGAGAUUUGCCUACCACUCAUAACACCAGAGAGUUUCCCAGAUCAUGUCACCGUGGGCAGUGGGCAUACAGUGUCAUUGCACUGUAGGGCCAUGGCAGAGCCUCAACCAGAGAUCUACUGGGUCACACCAUCAGGGGACAAAAUCCCACCCAAGAUGGCAUCCAAGAAAUACCACCUGCAUCCUGAGGGAACAUUUGAAAUCUAUGAUGUCACAGAGCAAGAGGCAGGCCACUAUAUCUGUGUUGCUCACAAUCUCAUUGGGGCAGACAUGAAAUCUGUCAUGGUGGAAGUGAAUGGGUACUCUCCAGAACCUUCCAAUUCAUCCCUGAAUAUUCAAAUCAAAGCAGUGCAGCCAGAUUCCAUCAGGAUUUCUUGGGGGCCUCCAGCUGGUAUUCUUGUGUCCAAUAUAAAAUGGUCCACUAAAUCUAAAACAAAAAAUCCAGCCUUACAAUUUACAGCACGCGUGCCAUCUGAUGUACAGGUCUUCAGUGUCUCACACCUGCUUCCCUUGACGCAGUAUGAGGUUUGUGUGGAGUUUUCAGGCAUGAGGCAAGGACACAUGAGAAACUGUGUGACUGUCAGCACUGUGGCACAGUCGCUUACCUUGGAAAAGAGUGACAUAUGGGACGCCACAAUGAUCAGUAUCACUUGUCUUGUUCUGAUUAUGGCCACUGUGACCUGUUCACUCAUUUACAUGUCUCUUAGGAGCAAGCACCUCCACAGAGAAGUAAAUAAUCGAAACCCAGGAAUGCCACAGGGUCCUUGUACCUGCCCCUCCUGCCAGUCACCAGAAUUCUGGGGGUCUACAGUCAAAAUAAAUGCCACAGUGAAAGACUUUCCUUACAACUCUAACAACUCUGUUUAA